UAUUAAUUUUAAUAUUUUUAAUAAUAAAUAAUAAUAAAAAAGAGAAGGAAAAUAAAUUAGUUAUUUUACAGCUUAACCUACGCUUGGUCUUAAACUUAAGCCACUGAGAGAGCAGAGAGUGUCUUAAAUGGAUCAGUGUGCGACCGGAGGCUCGCUUUCUUUGUCUUUAUAACCAGCCAUAACAGUCUCCUUCCCUUCCGCUUCUUAGUAUUUUAUUAUUAUUAUUGUUAUUAUUAUUAUUUUUAAUUUCUGAGAUCUAUAAGCUUUAGCUUCGUACUGUCCCGAUCUUUAUGUCAUUACCCGAAACGUUGCGUUUCGCUUUUCUUCUGUCGUUCUCCGACCGGGUCGUGCAUUACGGUCCAGAGUCUGACCCCGCGUUACGGCUCCGAAACCUGCUCGAUCGGCGUUUUUUUGGAGCUCUUAACAUUUAUGCGAUCGAUGUUGUUGUUGGCUUGAGCUUGUAGGAUGAACCCGCUUUGCUGCAUUGCUCCGGUUUCGAUCGACCGGGACCGGACAAACCCGGUGGUGCCGAAAUCGUCGGGUCAGUGUCAGUUAGGGCUUGAUUCUUCGAUCAGGAACGUGAGCUGCGGUUCCAAACCGAGUUUCUCAGCUCAGGUCUCGUCGGUUGGAACCGUAACCGAAUCGGAAAGAGUAUCGGUGACGGUGAGCCAUGAGGUUGAAGAUACGAUCAGUGAGCCGAGAGAUUCGAAGGUUUUCGCCGGAAAUGGCGGUGUUAGUGGGAGUGUGGCUGGGAUUCUGUACAAAUGGGUGAAUUACGGUAAAGGAUGGAGGUCGAGGUGGUUUUUACUUGAAGAUGGUGUGCUUUCGUAUUACAAAGUUCAUGGACCGGACAAGAUUUUGAUGAGUCCGGCGAGAGAUAAGGGAUUGAGAGUGAUCGGAGAAGAUUCAAUGAGGUAUAUGAGGAAAGCUAACUGGAACAGUACUAGCAAUCGCCUCCGAGUUCCGGCAAAGCCCUGCAAACCUUUCGGCGAAGUGCACUUGAAGGUUUCUUCUAUACGUGCUAGCAAAUCCGAUGAUAAGAGGCUGUCCGUAUUCACCGGAACGAAAACUCUUCACUUGCGUUGCGCAACCAGAGAGGACAGAGAUGCGUGGGUUGAAGGCCUGCUUGCGGCUAAAGAUCGUUUCCCUCGAUUGUUGUCGAGCAGUGAUUUUGGGCCUUCGGAGGAUGUGGUUGUUUCGACGGAGAAGCUAAGAUCAAGAUUACUGCAAGAGGGCAUCGGCGACUCAGUCGUCAAUGACUGUGAAUCAAUUAUGCUUUUAGAGAUUUCUGAGCUUCAAAACCAGUUGAGAACUCUUCAACGGAAACACGUCUUGUUGUUGGACACAUUGAGACAAUUGGAGACUGAGAAAAUAGAGCUGGAAACUACCGUAGUGGAUGAAACAAAGGAAAGGGAGUCGUAUUGUGGACAAGGGAAUAGAAGAUUUAGUGAUUUCUAUUCAGUCAUGUCAGAGGGCAGUGGAACUGAUUCUGAUGCAGAUAAUGAAAGUCAAGAUGGAGCUGAUGUUGAAACAGAUGAAGAUGACGGAACAUAUUUUGACACAAACGAUUUUUUUUCUUUAGAUGCAUUAAGAAGUGCUUCUUAUAGGAGUAGGGAUACUGUGGGAAAUGGUUGUAUAUAUGAUAAGGAUUCUUUUUUUUCUGAUCAUUUGCGUGGAGUUGAGAAGGAGAUUAGGAUGGUUCAGUAUCCAUAUGUUAAAAGAAGGGAUAAUUUGCCAGAACCGAAGGAAAAAGAGAAGCCUGUUGGAUUAUGGUCAAUUAUCAAGGACAAUAUCGGAAAGGACUUAUCUGGAGUUUGCCUUCCUGUUUAUUUUAAUGAACCACUCUCCUCAUUGCAGAAGUGCUUUGAAGAUCUGGAAUAUUCAUAUUUGGUUGAUCGAGCAUGGGAAUGGAAAAAGCAGGGAAAUGACUUAAUGAGAAUUCUAAACGUUGCAGCUUUUGCUGUAUCUGGCUAUGCAUCAACUGAAGGACGGCAGUGCAAACCCUUUAAUCCUCUCCUUGGAGAAACAUAUGAGGCUGACUAUCCAGAUAAAGGACUUCAUUUCUUCUCUGAAAAGGUGAGUCACCACCCAAUGGUUGUUGCAUGUCACUGUGAAGGAAGAGGCUGGAAAUUCUGGGCAGAUUCUAACCUCAAAGGUAAGUUUUGGGGACGUUCUAUUCAGCUAGAUCCAGUGGGUGUCCUUACGCUGCAGUUUGAGGAUGGUGAGACUUUUCAGUGGAGCAAGGUUACCACUUCUAUAUACAACAUAAUCCUAGGAAAAAUUUAUUGUGAUCACUAUGGUACCAUGCGCAUCAAGGGAAGUGGCAAUUACUCAUGCAAACUCAAGUUUAAGGAGCAGUCUAUCAUAGACAGAAAUCCUCAUCAGGUUCAUGGAUUUGUGCAAGACAAUAGAACUGGAGAGAAGAUUGCAAUGUUGGUGGGCAAAUGGGAUGAGGCAAUGUACUAUGUGCUGGGGGAUCCUACUACAAAGCCAAAGGGGUACGAUCCAAUGACAGAAGCUGUACUGCUGUGGGAAAGAGAUAAAUAUGUUACCAAGACAAGAUACAAUCUUUCACCAUUUGCAAUAUCAUUGAAUGAGCUGACACCUGGCUUAUUGGAGAAAUUGCCCCCCACUGAUUCAAGGCUGAGACCAGAUCAAAGACAUCUAGAAAAUGGAGAAUAUGAGUCGGCCAAUGCAGAGAAGCUAAGACUUGAACAGUUACAAAGACAGGCAAGAAAGUUGCAGGAGAGAGGAUGGCAGCCAAGAUGGUUUCAGAAAGAUGAGGAUGGUUGUUACCGUUACAUGGGUGGUUACUGGGAAGCAAGGGAGAAAAAGAACUGGGAUGGGAUUCCUGAUAUUUUUGGACAAACUAGCGAUUUGCCUUCAUGUUCAGGAGAAGAACAAGGGUUGCCUUUGGUCUAGCUAAAUAUAUUGUUUUCCCUUUGGUUUCUUAUCCAUUUUCCUGCUUUUCUUUUUCCACCGCGAAUGCAAGUGUUGUAGAGUAGGCCAACUUAUAAAAAGGAACUCCUCCAAGUUGUAAUGCUUAGUUCCCUUUAGGGUUUUGUCAUCUAUUUCAUCCAUGUAGCUGCUUGCUGGCUAGUAUUCCUUUGCUAGUAUUCGUUCUCUUAUUAUUUUGGUACAUUCAUUUUCCGAAGGAAGAAUAUAUAUAUAUAUAUAUAUAUACAUACAAGUAUUUACGCA